AUCGUAGGUGAUGAUGGCGGUGGAUGAGCAGCAUCGCUGAGUUCGCUCCUCUGAGCUUUCUAUGUUAAUAUAAUUAUAAAAACUAUCGAAUAAUACAAUUCGUCUCCUUGGUCUCCUAACCAGAGACGAUGGGCAACGAAGGAAGCAUCGAGGGAAGCGGACAACCCGGAGAACCGGGCUCCAUCUCUAUGGUUGGAGCUCCCGGUUCGUUUUCAGCACCGGGUUCUGGACAGCACAUCAAACCCGCCAAUGGUGCUGUUGCCGGGGGAGGAAUGGGUGGCGGACCGGGGAUGAAUAGGGUUCCUAUGGGGAGUCCUAAACCUGGGAUGCAGCUUGGCUAUGGAGGGAUGGCUGGAGGAAUGGGUGGUGGAGGAGGUCAGAGACUGGCCAACCAAGAGAGCCACAGGCCGUUGCAGCAAUCUAGCUCAGGCCCCGACUAUGGCUCUGGCCCGGGUCAGGGCCAUGGGCCAGGGAUGGGUUCUGGGAUGGGUGGCGGUCAGGGUCAGCAUGGCCAGAGCCCCAGUCAGCCCGGUCAGCACGCCUCCAGACGGAACCUCCAGGUGGACUUCAGCAGCUCGGGAGGCCGGACGGGUCGCUCCUCCUCAGCGUCUCCGGACCGGGGGAUCACCCCCACCUCGCCCUACUCGGUGCCUCAGAUCGCCCCCAUGCCCGUCAGCAAGCUGUGCCCCCUCUGCUCCACCACAGAGCUGACCAAUCCGCCGGCCCUGCCAAACUACAACACCUGCACACAGUGCCGCUCCACCGUCUGCAACCAGUGUGGCUUCAACCCCAACCCCCACCUCACAGAAGUACAGGAGUGGCUCUGUCUCAACUGCCAGAUGCAGAGGGCCUUGGGCAUUGACAUGACCACCCCACGCUCCAAGAGCCAGCAGCAGAUCCACUCUCCAUCCCACCAAGCCAAACCCAUAGUCCAGCCACCACCUGUUCAGCCAGCUCAGCCAGCAGCCCAGCCAAAACCCCAGCCUCAGCCCCAGGCCCAGCCCCCACCACAGUCAAAACCCCACUCCCAGCCCCAGCACCAACUCUACGGUCAAUCCCAGCCCUAUAGUCAAUCCCAGCCCCAGGCCCAGCCCUAUGGUCAAUCCCAGUCCCAGCCCUAUGGACAAUCCCAAUCCCAGUCCCAGCUCUAUGGUCAGUCCCAAUCCCAGUCCCAGCUCUAUGGUCAGUCCCAGCCCCAGUCCUUUGGCAAAACUCCACCCCAGCCCUAUGGCCAAUCCCAGCCUCAGCAACAGCCCUACAACCAAACUCAGCCCCAGCCACAUGGUCAAUCUCAGACCUAUGGCCAUUCCCAGCCCCAGCAACAGCCCUAUGGUCAAUCCCAGCCCCAACAACAGCCCUACAGCCAAACUCAGCCUCAGCCAUAUGGUCAAUCCCAACCCCAGCAACACCUCUACGGCCAAAGCCAACCUCAGCCCCAGCCAUAUGGUCAAUCCCAGCUCUAUGGUCAAUCCCAGUCCCAGCACCAGCCUCAGGCCAAACCCCAAGCUCAGCAUCAGCCACAGACCUCUCCUGGCCUACAGAGUCACCCUAUACCCGGCUCUGCUUCCCUGCCUGGGUCAACGACAAGCUCCCCCCAGCACAUCCCAUAUGGCCAGAGAGGGCCUGGAGGUCCCGGCCAGCCCCGGAUUCCCCAUCCUGGAGCAGUCCCCCUGGUGGGCAUGGCCAAGGCACCCUCCCAGCCAGACCUGGGCCGAGGCUCCUCGAUGCACCAGAGCGGCCGCCAGGCCGCCAGCGCCGGCUCGUCGCCUUCCCAUCGGCCCGCCGUUCCCCAGGGGCAACCGCCCCAGGACGGCCUGACCAAACUGUUUGGCUUUGGGGCAUCGCUCCUCAACCAGGCAGCCAGCACCCUGGCCUCUGUGGACCCCCUCUCAGGGACACCAUCCACCCAGCCCUCCCCUGCCAGGGGUGGGCCUUCCAACAAACAACAAGGACCUCCUGGUGCCAAACCAUUCCAGACAGGUGGCCCUUAUGCACCCCAGACGGGUGGCCCUUAUGCACCCCAGACGGGUGGCCCUUAUGCACCCCAGAUGGGUGGCCCUCAUGCACCCCAGAUGGGUGGCCCGCAAGCACCCCAGAUUGGUGGCCCUCAUGCACCCCUGAUGGGUGGCCCGCAAGCACCCCAGGUGAGUGGCCCUCAUGCACCCCAGAUGAGUGGCCCUCAUGCACCCCCGAUGGGUGGCCCGCAAGCACCCCAGAUUGGUGGCCCUCAUGUACCGCAAAUGGGUGGACCCCACACACCAACUCAGAUGGGUGGCCCGUAUGCACCACAAAUGGGUGGCCCACAUACAUCAACUCAGAAAGCACUCCAACAGCAGCAAUCAGCUGUGCAUCAUCAGAAGGGACCACAGCAGCAACAACAGCAACAGCAGCAGCCGGCCAGACAGGAGCCCGUUCCCAACCUGGUGGAGCCCGAGAAGCCCAAAGUCAAAUGCCCCCUGUGUAAGACGGAGCUCAACAUCGGCAGCACCACUGAGCCGCCUAGCUACAACUCCUGCACCCAGUGCCACACUCAGGUCUGCAACCUAUGUGGAUUCAACCCCGCGCCUCACCUGGAGAAGAAAGAAUGGCUCUGUCUGAACUGCCAGACCCAGCGACUGAUGUCUGGAGGUCUCCGGGAUCCCUCUCCUGUAUCUCAUCCGUCUCCAAAGCACCAACCAAUGGGUUCUCCACGCCACCAGGCACUGGCCAGUCAGCAGCCUGUUCAGCAGCCACCCUUACAAAAAUUCACCAAUCAGCAGCAGGAAGGGCCGAGACAGAUGCAACCGCAGCAGCAGAAGCCCCAGACAGCCCUGGGGAGCGGACCUGGAGACACAAAGGCCCCUGUCCAGGCCACACCUACACCUGCAAUCGAGCCCCUGAAACAACCAAAGGCCACGGAAGAGACGCCAAAACCAGAGAAGUUGGUGGAACCCGCCAUAGACACAAAACCGACUCAGAAGAAGGGAGAGCCAAUCACACCAAUAAAAGAGAUAAAGAAGUCAAGAUAUGAUGAGCCCAAGAACAGCACUCAGGACCUGUCGCGGAGCCCCCAGAGCCUGAGCGACACGGGCUACUCCUCCGACGGCAUCUCCAGCUCCCACAGCGAAAUUAUCGGCCUCAUCCAGGAGGAGGAGAUGAAGCUGAGCGAGAGGGGCAUCAGCGAGCGUGGCAGCCCCCCCAGCCCAUCCGAGAUCACCAAGCUGGAGAGCUCCAUGAGGCCCCUGCUGGAGUGCAAGACCGUGCCAGUUGAGGAGAGGGAGCGCGAAAGGGGCCGAGGCCGGCACCACCGAGAGCAGAGACCCCGGUCACUGUCUAUCACCCCGGAGGCCUAUGACUCUGAUGAGGAGCUGGAGGACAUUGUGGAAGAGGAGGAGGAGGACGGAGGAGACUGGGAGUCCAAACAGGAGCACAAGAACAGUGCCACUCCCAAAGAGGAGAAGAAAGUGGCCGAGCCGGAGCCGAUGACAGAUGAGGAGUUCAUGAGGAGGCAGAUCAUGGAGAUGAGCGCUGACGAGGACAUCGAGGAAGAGGAGGAGGACAUGGAGGAGGAGGACGAGGAGGACGAAGGCUACGGCUACCAAAAACCUAAAAAAACACACAAGCACAUCUCAGAGUUGACGAAAGAGAAGCGCCGCCUCUCUCACCAGUCCAGCAGCUUUGAGGAGGACACCAAAAGCUCCAGCGACAUCUACAAAUGUUCUGCGGAGGAAGGAGAGGAGGGGGGUCUGGGAGGCCUGCGCCGCUUCAAGACAAUCGAGCUCAACAACACCAACAGCUACAGCCGCGACAUGGAGCUCAACAACGAGAACGACCUCAGCCUGGACCGAGAGCCCGAGUUGGAGAUGGAGAGCCUGACGGGGUCUCCCGAGGAGCGCUCCAGGGGUGAGUACUCCUCCACCCUGCCACCCACCACCUCCAGCUACAACUCUGGCACCUCCCCCACCUCCAUCUCCUCCAUGGAGGAAGACAGCGACAGCAGUCCCAGUCGCAGGCAGAGACUGGAGGACGCCAAGCAGCAGAGGAAGGCCCGCCACCGCUCCCACGGCCCCCUGUUGCCCACCAUUGAGGACUCCUCAGAGGAGGACGAGCUGAGAGAGGAGGAGGAGCUGCUGCGGGAGCAGGAGAAGAUGAGGGACCUGGAGCAACAGAGGAUCCGCAGCACGGCCAGGAAGACCAAAAGAGAUAAGGAGGAGCUGAGGGCCCAGAGACGCAGGGAGAGAUCCAAGACGCCCCCCAGCAACCUCUCCCCCAUCGAGGAUGCCUCCCCUACUGAGGAGCUGCGACAAGCUGCGGAGAUGGAGGAGCUCCAUCGAUCCUCUGCCUCAGAAUACUCCCCCCAGAGCCUUGACUCAGAGGCUGAGGGAUACGAGUCUAAACUCUACAAGUCUGGCAGCGAGUAUAACUUGCCCACGUUCAUGUCUCUGUACUCUCCUACUGAGAAGUCAUCGACAACUUCAACCACCACCGCGCCUUCCAGCAGCAAGCCCCUGAAGAGUGCUGAGGAGGUGUAUGAGGAAAUGAUGAGGAAAGCCGAGUUGCUGCAGAAACAACAUAAACAGCAACAGCAGCAGCAACAAGGGAGACACAACAGUGCAUAUGAGGAUGACACGAAUGGCCAACAGUAUAAAGAUGAGUAUGAGUACGAGCAGGCUGAGACUAGUUAUGAAAACGAGGCGGCAGAGACAGGAGGCAUCUACGAAGAGAUCCGCCAGACCUCCCAAAACAUCACUAAGAUGCAUCAAUCCUCAGCCCUGGAGUUACAGCAGCAGGCAGACGAGCAGGUGGAAAUAGACGACAGUACCUAUCCAGAUAAGCAGCUUUUAGAUACAGGGUCGGCCUUCGCUAAGCUGCUUGAGCAGACCAAUGACCUGUUGACUCCUGGCAACAGCCCCACUCAGCUCUCUGCACCUGUGACUUUCUCUGAGGCUGGAGGAAGGAUCCCUGAUGUACGGGUGACACAACACUACUCCAAAGAUGUCCAUAAAGCCGGGAUGAAGAGCCAGACGGGUAAAAAUGGCAUUACUCCAGUGGCGGCCGCCACCACAAUUGCAGCCUACGGGGUUUAUUCCCGGGAUGCAGUGACCAUCCCUCACACAAGCGCUAGUCAAACGAUGACGACCACCCAAUCCAUCAUGUAUGGUCGACAAACUGGAGGACCUGCCACUUCAACCACAACCAUCUCAAAUGUGUGCAGCAAGAUAGCGGAGAUAACACAGGCUUACAGCCAGAGAGAGGUAGUUGCGAGGAGGGCGGGCGAGAACCGAGGGGUCCAAGCUAGAGAGAGUGCAACAUCUUCAGAGCAUGUCAUAGAGCCCCACUCGACAAAGAUGUACUCGUACUACAAGAGCUCCAGCCCCCCUCUGUCUCCCUCUGCCUCGCCCACCGAGAGCCCAAGUCGUUCACCCUCCAGGAGGGCCGAGAUAUCCACUCAGACAUUCAGCCCAGGCAUAGGGGCUCUGUCAGCUGGCUCGGGGCCCACCUCCCCAGUGAUGGCCCAGGGGACACAGACAUCUCAAAGGGCCAUAUCCCCACGUCUCUUGAGACAGCAAUCCUCCCAGCAUGCCCCCUACAUGGUCGCAAGCUUGGAGCCCACAAGCUCUGCCAAACCAAUGACAGUCAACACCGCCACGUCACCUUUAUCCUCGCCCACCAGAUUCACCCGACAGUCGACAUUUGACAGCUACUCUCCACAGGCCAGUCCGCCAGACACCCCUCCAUACCACCAGUCUCCUCAGCACAGCUUCUAUAGGAUGCAGAAGGUGGAGAAGGUCAGUGUUGGAACCAGCAUGGUCACCACAGCUAGCACCUACAGCCGUGGUUCCAUGUCUAUGGACAACAUCUCUCUCUGCAGGUUCUCCAGCAUCCCGGGGACCUCGAGUGUCGAACCGGGCCAGAUGAUCCAUGGUGGGAGUGUGGUGGAUCUGAGAACAGUAGAUCUGAGAACAACCACUAACGCAGCUCCCAUUUUAAUGACUGCCCAUGGCAUGGAUCUUACCUCCCUGGCCACAGAAACACGCAAAUACACCAGCGGGAUUGAGGGGAGCCACCCCUCAACUAUCAUCCAGCCCCUCAUCAUGAACCUGAACACCCAGCAGCAGCCCCACGUAAUGGUAUCCACUGCAACCACGAUGAGCGUCACGGUGGCCGCCUCCAUGUUCAUAUCACAGCCCCAACAGCCCAUGGUCUAUGGGGACCCUCUACAAAACAGAGUUGACCUCGGUCAGGGCAUGGGCUCAGCCAUGUGCCUGUCACAGAACAAACAACCUCCCACUGACCCAUCUAUCCCCAAGAUCGACGCCAAGCUGGAGGACCUGAGCAUCCAGCAGCAGCAGCUUCUCCAGCAGCAGCAAAAGCUCCAACAGCAACAGCAGCUCUUGGAGCAUCAGCUCCAGCAACACCACCAGAUGCAGCAGCAGUCCUCCGUAGCUCGGUUCAACCUACCAGGCCAGAUGACGCUGCUCAAGAAAGACCUUCUGGUCAGCCAAACCAGCAAUACCCCAGCCGUGGUCAGUACUAUAUCCCCUGCCGUUGCCCCUGAUGUCUACGGCACUGGAGAUCCCCUGGAGCUGAAGAGCAAACCAACCCCGGCAGGUUUGAUGCACCUGGCUGGGGGUGGGCCUCAUGGCAUGAUGGUCCAAAUGGAUGGGGCCCCACAGGGAGGACCAGUGACCCAGCUGGUGAAGACAGAGGAGGGCCAGGAUGCCGUGGACCUCACAGGGGGGCAGAUCAAAGCUGAGAACCAACCAGCUUGCUGUGAUGUCGUGUACCGCCUCCCAUUUGGAGGUAGUUGCGUUGGCGGACCAUUUUCCCAAAAGCCAAAUGUUGAUGAGAAUGUGGCCACUCAAGAGCCAAGACCACACUCUGUGCCACCACUCUCUUAUGAGUCGGACCAGGAGGGCCAGUAUCAGGAGUUUUCUAUGGACGGGCAUAAAGCCUACACAUUACCGUUCCCUGGUCGGCUACAGCCCUCGAUGUCUGACACCAACCUAGCAGAGGCCGGACUCCAGUCCUACCACUCCAAGAUGGACCCACACUUCCAGACCUCUGGAGAGCUGGCUGUGGACCUCAGCACCAUGAAACACACCUAUGAGGGUGGAUUCCUCGGACUGGGCAUGCAGUAUGGCUCCUACACUGACCUACGCCAUGGAGGUGAUAUCACUGCAACUGCCCUGCCCAUACGCAGAUUCAACUCCCUGUCAAACAUCAGCUCUGACUACGGCUACUCCCCCCGAGACCUCGCUAACUUCCAGGAGUCCAACCUGGCCCAGUACAGUGCCACCACUGCCAGAGAGAUCAGUCGAAUGUGCGCUGCCCUCAACUCAAUGGACCGCUAUGGGAGCAACCCAGAGCUUAUGCAAUACGGUGUAGGCAGAGGAACAGGUCCAGGUGGCAGGCUUAACUCUAUGAGACAAAAUAUGCUCUAUGGACCUGACGGGAAGCCAAUCUCUCACACCCAAGCGCUCACCAACAUGAUCAAUGCCAGGCAAGCCAGCCUCCGAGCCAUGUACCCGUCUGCCAUGAGGUCUGCUGAUGGGAUGACCUAUUCUACCAUCAACACACCCAUCGCCUCCACCUUGCCAAUCACUACCCAGCCUGCCUCAGUGCUGCGCCCACUAUUAAGUGGAGUGUACAGGCCUUUACCCACAGCCAAUAUGACACCUGUGCCUCUGGCCAGUCUCACUAGGAUGCCUGUGAACCCACGGAUGCCUAUGUCUGGCCAGGCCCCAUACCAUUAUCCGGCUCCCAACGUCUUCCCAUCUACGACGUCGACCCCUGUGAGCAUGCCUGCCGCCAUCAACACCACUCAGGAUGCCCCAAUCUUCCUAGGGAAGCCCUCUGUGACAUCAAGUGGAUCUGAUCCCCCGUAUCAAUCUCCUGUUGCCCAUACAUCAGCCUCAGUGAGAUUGCCAAAGGAGUCCGAGCAGCAGCCCAUAAACCUGACCCAGGCUCACCUCCACACUCAGGCCCCAGGGCAGCCCCAGGUCCAGCCUCAGAACCAACCCCCAGCUCAGCCACAGCACAUGCAAACUCAAUUCCACCCACAGGGCCAGCAUCCACCCCAGAGCCAGCCACCUCCGGCCCAUGCUUACCCCCCAACACAAAGCUACACUGGGCCCCAGAGCAGCACCCUGCCCCAUCACCCAACCCCACCCUCCAGCGGCCCUGUCAACCCGGAGACCGAGACUGAGGAGGAGAGGAUGCACCGCCAGCAGGAGCAGCUUCUGCAAAUGGAGCGGGAACGCGUGGAGUUGGAGAAGCUGCGUCAGCUGCGUCUGCAGGAGGAGCUGGAGAGAGAGCGCAUGGAGCUGCAGCGGCAUCGUGAGAAAGAGCAGAUGCUGGUGCACAGGGAGAUCCAGGAGCUGCAGACCAUCAAGGAGCAGGUCCUGCAGCAGCAGCAGGCUGAGAGGGAGAACCAGCUGGUGAUGCAGAAGGAGCAGUUGGCCCAGCAGAAAGCCCAGCUUGACCAGAUCCAGUCGCUGCAGCAGCAGCUCCAGCAGCAGCUCGAGGAGCAGAAGCGGCAAAAGACUGCUGCAGCUGCUGCUGCAGCCACCGCAGCCGCUCAGUUGGACCAGAGCGGCCAGAUGCUGAAGCCCUACGGAAACCAAAUGGGUUUCAGGUCCCUGCCCAACUCCUCCUCAGACAUGUGUCUAAGGAACAACGAGGAGCAGAUGGAGACCAGGACCAACAUGAGAAAGCAGAACUCCACCUCCAUGCCCCGACUGAGGGAUGGAAUGGAGGGUGAGAGCGUUGAGUUCUACGGAGCCCGGAGGAUCGUGGACAGUUGUGUUCAGACAGACGAAGAGGACGGUGAGGAGAGGUACAUCAUGUCUAGACGCAGACGCAACAGGCGCAGCGUGGACCGUAGCGUCCAAACCGACGACGACGAGGAGAAAGUGGAGUGGGAGCAGCCUGUGAGACGCAGACGCUCACGCUUCUCCAGGCACUCGGAUCCCGGGGCCGACCACAAGACUGAUGCAGCCUCCAAGACGGCCACCUCAUCCAGCAUCGCCAUUCAGACCAUUCGAGACUGCUCCUGCCAGACCGAAACAGACCAGCUGGGGAAGGUGUCCCCGGCCAUCCACGUCACUUUGCCAGACCCGAACAAAGUGGAGAUCGUCCACUACAUCUCAGGCCCUGAAAGGACACAGAAAGGCCAAAGCCUAGCCUGCCAAACAGAUGUGGAGGCCCAGUCUCAGGGCGUGGUGGUGCCACAGCUCAGCGUGCCCACCACUAUCAACCCUUACUCCACAGGUAUCCAGCUGGUUGCCUCCGCCGACCCGCGGCAGCAGCAGAACAGGAGGAGGUCUGACCCCAUGGAGAUCAGCUACCAGACCCAGACCCAGCCCAUGAACCACCUCCACAACGAGUCCCUCUCCAGCCUGAUCUGUCAGCCCCCCAAGUCCCCCCAGGUGCUCUACUCCCCUGUGUCCCCCGUCUCCCCCCACCGCCUGCUGGAGACCUCCCUCUCCAGCGGCGGGCUGAACAAGGCCCAUGUCACUCCCCAGCAGAAGGCCUACACAGCCGAGUCACCCCACCGCCUCCCCAGCAUGCCCCGCCCUAUUAAGAACACACAGAGGUCCAUGUCUGACCCCAAGUUGCUGAGCCUCACCACUGACGAGCACACUAAGGCCAGGCUAAACCUGUACCAGCAGCAAGCUCUUCAGAGCCAGCUUGCUGCCCUGCAGCAGAGCGCUCUGAGGAAGGUGAAGAGGACCCUGCCCAGCCCCCCUCCAGAGGAGAGCCACCUCCCCACCAUCACCCCGGCCCUGCCCGCUGUGCCCUCCCUGAGGGCCGGGUCCAGGCCAGGUCUGGCAGCCAAAGCCAGCCUGCUGAAGGACCUCACCCACGAGCUGAAGGCAGUGGAGCAGGAGUCCACCAAGCUCCGCAAGCAGCAGCAGGAGCUGGAGGAGGAGGAGAAGGAGAUUGAUGCCAAGCUGCGCUACCUGGAGCUGGGCAUUCAUCAGCGCAAGGAAACCCUGGUGAAGGAGAGGGAGAGGAGGGACAUGGCCUACCUGCGCUGCAUGGGCGACCCGCGAGACUACAUGUCAGACAGCGAGCUGAAUAACCUGCGGCUGGCGGCGGCGGUAGCUUCCUACGAGAGCAACGGGGUGCUGACCAGACCCAGCACAGCACCACUGAGCCAGUACACCAGUGACCUCAACACAGCCGCCCAGUUCCCUCCCAUCUCCUCCUUCGUCUCCUUCCAGUCAUACCACCCCCAGAGCCAGCCAGCUCCAGCACCCCAACCUGGCACCCCUUACCAGACCGCAGCCUUCAACCAGCCCCCUACCCUUCAGUGUCCCAGGCAGCAGCUCUUCCCCAGCCCACCCCCCUGCAGACCCAACAUCUUCCCCCAUCCUACCAGACCCAGGGGUCCUUCCCCUCCCACACAUACCCCCAGAGCCAGCCCCCCUACCCGACAGAGCAGGGGGUGCAGCCACUGCUCCAGCAACAGCAACAGCCAAGCCACCAGGGGUUCCAGCCUGCCCAGCCUGGCCAACCUCCCUACCCCACCCACACCUCUCCAUACCCCAGCCAGCUGUCCUACCCAGCUGGCCCUAGCCAGACCACUCCCUACCAGCCCCAGGCAGACAUCCUCACUGUUCAUCAGAGACCCAGACAGACCUCUCUGGCUGACCUGGAGCACAAGAUGCCCACUAACUAUGAGGUCAUAAGCAACCCCACUGUAGUGGUGACCACCACAGCCCAAGAUGCCAUCUACUCCUCCUCCAGUGGGGCGCCUCCAUACGGACAGUAUACUGGUGGUACCCCUAUGACCAACACUUAUGGGCCAUACUCUUCUACAGUCUC